UGUAUGUACACAGGUAUAUGUACACAGGUAUAUUUACACGUAGGCGUGGUAGAUGAAGGCCCAGCCUCGAGGUCUCUCCAGAACGUUGUACAGGAAGUUCUGCAGUCGUCUGUAGAGAGCGUUUCUUUUUGGAGCUUUCUUUCCUCCAGAGACACUGCUGCGCUGACGCCGAGGACCUUCAUCCCCACCUGAAACCAGAACUUCUUUAAAGAGAGCACCAACGUGUCCACGUGCACACAAAUGUUCACGUGCACACAAAUGUUCACGUGCACACAAAAGUCCACGUGCACAUCCACAAAUAUUUGGACUGUUCUUGUUCCACCGAGGCUCUUCAGUCGUCAGAGAAAAAGUUUGACACCACUGUUAGUGAAUCACAGGUCAUGUGACUCUAGUUACCUUAACUCUAUGCAUGAAACCUGACCCACAACAUGGACCCAGACCACAUGGACCCAGACCACAUGGACCCAGACCACAUGGACCCAGACAACAUGGACCCAGACCACAUGGACCCAGACCACAUGGACCCAGACCACAUGGACCCAGACCACAUGGAACCUGGACCACAGUAAGGCCAUGUGGAACCUGGACCACAGUAAGACCACAUGGAACCUGGACCACAGUAUGACCAUGUGGAACCUGGACCACAGUAAGACCAUGUGGAACCUGGACCACAGUAAGACCAUGUGGAACCUGGACCACAGUAAGACCAUGUGGAACCUGGACCACAGUAAGACCACAUGGAACCUGGACCACAGUAAGACCAUGUGGAACCUGGACCACAGUAAGACCAUGUGGAACCUGGACCACAGUAAGACCAUGUGGAACCUGGACCACAGUAAGACCAUUAAGACCAUGUGGAACCUGGAACACAGUAAGACCACAUGGAACCUGGACCACAGUAUGACCACAUGGAACCUGGACCACAGUAAGACCACGUGGAACCUGGACCACAGUAAGACCAUGUGGAACCUGGACUACAGUAAGACCAUGUGGAACCUGGACCACAGUAAGACCAUGUGGAACCUGGACCACAGUAAGACCACAUAG